AUUAUAAAAAAAAUAAUGAGUGAGGCUAAGCCAGCUUGGGUGGUCCACCAUCAUCUUUCUCUUUCUUUCUUGUUUCCUGUUUGGCCUCAUCUAAUCUUAUAGAAGUAUUCAUUCUUUCCCUCAUUUUUCUUCUUCUUCUCCUUCAUCAUCCUCCAUUAAUCACAGACAGUGUUCAGAUCUAUUUUACUUUCUUUUGUUUGUCUUUCCUAUAUCCAUCUUCAUCCCUUUUCUUUCUUCCUGAUUUAUUGUUUUAAUCCUUCACUAUCGACUAACUUUUCUUUUCCUUUUUUUUUUUAUAAUCCAACUAUUUUUCUUUGUUGCUGUAGUUUGUAGAAUUAUCUGAUUUUGUACUUGAAAUUUCGGUACCGGUAAAUCUGUUGAAUCUAUGAUAUCUAGCGUUUGUUCUUCUUUAGCUCUUUUCUUUAAGAAUCUUAUCGGGAAGUUGAAGUAGUAACAGGCCAUUGAUUAGAUAGGAAUAUAUAAGAAAAGGGUAGUUUGGAAAUGGAAGAGGUGGGAACACAAGUGGCUUCCCCCUUAUUUAUACAUCAGAAUAUCGGAGGCCGCUUUUGCGACGUUUCUUUGAUUGGUAGUAAGCGUAGUCUUUGUUAUAAUACUACGAGUAAUCAUCAACAGCAGCAUCAAAUCCACCAUCCCGGUCAUGGCUGGAAGCUCAAGGAUUGGGAAUGGGAUAGUACCCGGUUUGUAGCCAGACCUAGACCUGUUGAACCUGAUGUGCUUUGUUUGGGAACACUAAAUCAAGCCCCUUCUAAUUGUAAUGAAGCUGUGAAUCCUAUUUUAUCCAUCCCCCUUCCCUCGAAAAGCAGCAACCGUCUUGAUGAUGACAAAGCGGCUGGCAGUAUUCUUCGGUUACAGCUAGGUGGCUGUGGGAUUGGAGACAGUAAUGGUACAGGCACUUCUAUCACAAAAACAAACGCUGGAAAUGCUCAGAACUCGAACUCAAAAGAGGAUCCUGUUUCGUCUUCAAGGCCCAACAAGAAGGUUCGGUCUGGUUCUCCAGGUAGUGGUGGUAAUUAUCCCAUGUGUCAGGUUGAUAAUUGUAGAGAAGAUCUUUCUAAGUCCAAGGAUUAUCACAGACGGCACAAGGUUUGCGAGUUUCACAGCAAGGCCACCAAAGCACUUGUUAGCAAGCAGAUGCAAAGAUUCUGCCAACAAUGUAGCAGGUUCCAUCCACUUUCAGAAUUUGAUGAAGGUAAAAGAAGUUGUCGAAGAAGGCUUGCUGGACAUAAUAAAAGAAGAAGGAAAACUCAGGCGGAGGACACUGCAUCACCUGCUAUUCAAACAACUGACAACAAUAAGCCUGGCUAUGGAAAUUUGGAUAUUGUAAACUUGUUGACAGUUUUAGCGCGUGGACAAGGGAGUGCUGAGCUGAAUGUUCCAACUUGCCCAUCGUUACCUGAUAAAAACCAGCUUAUUCAAAUACUUAGCAAGAUAAAUUCAUUGCCUCUGCCAGCGGACAUUGCAACAAACCCUCUUCUUUCAUCACUUUCAGCUAGUAAUGGCUUUGAUCAAGGUUCUUUGGAUCCAAGCAAUAUGGAUGUCAGUGCAGCUUCAAGAUCAACAACUGAUCUCCUUGCCGUCCUUUCAUCUACUUUGCCAGCAUCUAAUCCCGAUACACUUGCAUUCUUUUCCAAUAUGAAUAAUUCUGUUAGUUCUAUGGACAAAAAUAUGUCAACUAUUGGGGACAAAGAUGACGCACAUAAGAAACCGACUAUAGAGUUGCAGCCAUUAGGAGGAGAAAAAAGCAGCUCAAGCUAUCAAUCUCCAACCGAUGACUCAGAUAGCCAAGUUCAAGAUACUCGAUUGAACCUACCUCUGCAGCUGUUUAGUUCAUCACAUGGAGAGGAUAGCUCACCGAAUUUGGCUUCUUCAAGGAAGUAUUUCUCAUCUGACAGCAGCAAUCCUGCUGAAGAGAGGUCCCACUCAUCAACUGCUCCUGUCACCAGAAAAUUGUUUCCUUUGGAAACCACCUCAGAGAGUGCUAGGCCUGUCAGACUGUCAUUUGAUGAGGAGGCUGUUGUAAACAUUGAACAGAGCCAGACUGAGAAUUCUGCUACUAGGAUGACACUGGAGCUUUUUAGCAUGGGAAAAAAGACCGUCUCAAAUGCAUUGCUAAACUUGCCACCACAAGCAGGGUACACUUCUUCGUCUGGUUCUGAUCAUUCUCCGCCCAGUUUUAACUCAGAUCCUCAGAAGGAUCGCACAGACCGAAUCAUUUUCAAAUUGUUCGACAAGGAUCCCAGUCAUUUUCCCGGAGCAUUGCGUACGCAGAUCUACAAUUGGCUUUCUAACAGUCCUUCUGAGAUGGAGAGUUACAUAAGACCUGGUUGUGUGGUUCUCUCAAUAUAUCUGUCUAUGACAUCUGCUGCCUGGGAACAAAUGGAAGAGAAUUUUCUCCAACAAGUUGAAGCCUUGUUACAGUCUUCUGAUGUUGAGUUCUGGAGAAGUGGGAGGUUUUCAGUGAACAUUGGAAGGCAGCUAGCUAUUCACAAGGGUGGCAGGAUACGGAUUUGUAAACCAUGGAGCACUGUGACUUCUCCAGAGUUGUUUAUGGUUUCACCCCUGGCUGUUGUGAAUGGAGAAAAAACAACUCUUGUGCUUAGAGGCAUGAACCUAACCUCUCCUGGCACCAAGAUACAUUGCACAUAUACUGGUAGCUACUCUUCAACUGAAGUUUUGCAAUUUUCUGAUCAAGGAUUUACAUACGACGAGAUAAAAUUAAAUGAAUUCAAAGUGUAUGCUGCACCUUCUGCUCUAGGCCGUUGUUUUAUUGAGGUAGAAAAUGGUGUGAGAGGCAAUUGCUUUCCUGUAAUUAUUGCAGAUGUUGAAAUUUGCCUGGAGCUGAGGCUCCUUGAGCAUGAGUUUUAUGAAGCAAAAGUCUCUGAUGUUGUUACUGAUGGUCAGACUCCAUAUGUGGCAAGUCCGCAUUCACAUGAUGAAGUUCUACACUUUUUAAAUGAGCUUGGCUGGCUUUUCCAGAGACAAAUAUGUCCUGACAUUGCUGUUCAUGAUUAUAUGCUUCAUCGUUUUCAGUAUCUCUUGACUUUUUCCACCGAAAGAAGUUACUGUGCUCUGGUGAAAAGACUUCUGGAUAUGUUUAUUGAAUCCAAGUCUAGAACGGAUGGGUUAUCAACAGAAUGCAUGGAAGCACUUGCCAAUAUGCGCCUCUUGCACAGAGCGGUGAAGGGGAGAUCAAGGAAGAUGGUCGACUUGCUCAUUCAUUACUCUGCACCCUGUGGCAGUAUUACAUCAAAAAAAUACAUUUUCCCUCCAAAUCAUCGAGGACCUGGGGGCAUUACUCCUCUGCAUUUGGCUGCCUGUACAUCAGACUCGUAUGAAAUUGUGGAUGUUCUGACUGGUGAUCCCAUGCAGAUUGGACUUCAUAGCUGGGGGUUCCUUCUGGAUGAUAAUGGGCAGUCUCCAUAUUCUUAUGCUGUGAUGAGAAAUGAUCAUGCAUUGAACAACAUAGUGGGUCAAAAGCUUGCUGAGAAAACAAACAGUCAAGUCUCCAUAAACAUUGGCAAUGAGAUUGUUGAAUCCGCUGUACCAGCAGAGGUGAGACAAAGAUCAAGCCUCCAGUUGAACACCAAGCAGAACUCUUGUUCCAAGUGCGUGAUGAUGAGAUACAGUAGAAUGCAUGGCUCCCAAGGUUUUCUUCAUCGUCCAUUCAUUCACUCAAUGCUGACUAUUGCAGCAGUAUGUGUUUGUGUAUGCCUGUUCUUUAAAAGUUUGCAUGUUAAUUCAGUUUCUUUCAUGUGGGAACAUGUGGAUUUCGGGGCUAUGUAGUCUCUCAAAUGUAUGAGUGAGUAUCAUAACACUAGAAGGUGGGUUGUUUGUGAGCUAGAUGCAACAAACCUUCAUUUUUGAGGAACAUCAUAUUUUAGAGCGGUAUACCAGCUGUGAAAAGCUGCUUAAAAACUGCAGCAGGAAUCUUUUGAGGGGAAAAAUACGUGCAGCUGCAGUGGGAUGCUGAUUACAGAAGCAAAUGUAUCAUCGCGUGUAUGGUUUUGAUUUGAUGUGAGGCUUUAGCAAUAAAGGAUGAAGGGAUACAAAAAUGCUGCUUCAAGCUUUUUUGCUGCAGUGUUUUUGAUGGUCACCUCAAGAUUCUUGAACUGUGUUAAUCCUGUUUUCUUGAUGACAUACUGCUCGUCCAUCGCAACAAUCUACUUAUAGAACAAUAUUCUGAAGCAUAUUUGUCAUCAAAAUUCAUGACAGAUAGAAGUGCGUCGAUUGGGGAACACUCCUAUUCUAAUUCUCUUCUGGCUGCUACCUGUGAUCUCUAGUAUGUAUUAUUGAUUUAUUCGCUUUUCUUUUUUUGAAAUCGCAGAGUAGCAUUUUGUCUAUAGGUGAAAAUUGUAACUGUAAAGAAAAUGUGUAGGAUCAUUAGGUAAUUUGUUAUAUCUUUCUGAAUAUGAGGAUACCUGUGGAAGUUAUAUGUUCUGUAUACAUUAAGUAUUUAUCGACACAUUUAAACAGUCUGUCAAAACUGAUUCAAUCCUAAGAUAGAAAUUGAAAUUGAAAUUGAAAUUGAAAUUGAUUCUGACUAGAAAAUAGAUAGUACUAGAUUUUGAACAAAGCCUUGUAAAAUAUUACUCCUUUGUUCUUUUAAAUUUGAUUCACGGUACGGUGUUGACGAGUAUUUUCC